AUGAACCUGCUUGGGUUCUUGUGCGAAAGCAAUCUCUUAGGCGAGGAACUCGGUAAGGUGGAAUGCGAAAGCAUCACUGUGAGAGACGAGUUCUCAAGUGGCGAACACCAAGAAGAGCACUACGAAAGGAAGAAGAGGCGUGCGCAUCGUCAAAGGAACUAUUUUUCGCGGAAAAACAAAACCAACAAGCCAGGCGUGAGGUACUACCGAAAGGUCCUCCACGUGGACAACGAUGACGUCUUGUCCAUCGAAGGCGAAGAUUCAUAUGGCCAGGUUCAUAGCCCCGGGAGCUUCGCGGGAGAUUUCACCAGCGACGAUGACCGCGGCUUCGGCCCGGACGCCCCCCGCCGCCCAAGCGGAGGGUUCCGAGAGGCAGCUUCCAACAUCGUCGCCAGGGUCUUGAGCGGCGGCGCCGAUCAACGCCCCGUCUCACCGACCCAGGUCUAA